AUGAAGACCGCCAUGUACCAGAAGCCCAAAACCCCCACCAAUGGCAAUCCCGGAGACGGAGGCAACACUCCCACUGGGAUUUCGAAUUGGACUCGAAUGCUUUGCAUCCGACCACAUUCGACCGAUUUCGCAUGGUCGCACUGCACCGCCGAGCGUAUAGUUGUCAAGAACAGCAACCGCUGCUCGCGAGGUGGAGGUGCGACCUGGAGAGGCGCAGCACCCCAACUUCAAUCUCGCGGAACAACAUCGAGCUGCGGUCAGCCGGCCACCGAGAAGUGCUGCGCAAAGAGUCACAGUCUACCGGGGAAAACGAGGGACCUUUGUCCCUUUUUAUCAUCCUUCAAGUCGACAAAGGGGGCCGUCUCAGAGGAUGCCUUGCAGGGCGCCGUAUCUGUGGCUAGAGUGGCGGAGUCCGAGUCACUCGCUCGCUGUUCAUCAGGCAUCCACCCGGCGAACGACUUAGCCGCCCCCACUAAGGCUUUCUGCCUGAGAUAA